AGCAGCGCUGGACCCGCGGCAGGAUGACCGCAUGGAACGUGCUGCCCUUCUACCCGCAGCCGCGACACGCCGCGGGCUUCAGCGUCCCGCUGCUCAUCGUCAUCCUGGUGUUCUGCUUCCUGGCCGCCAGCUUCCUGCUCAUCCUGCCUGGGAUCCGAGGCCACUCGCGCUGGUUCUGGCUGGUGAGAGUGCUGCUCAGUCUGUUCAUAGGGGGAGAAAUUGUGGCCGUGCAUUUCAGUGGGGAGUGGUUCGUAGGCAGCGUGUGGACCAACACAUCCUACAAAGCCUUCAGUGCCGAGCGUGUUCAAGCUCGUGUGGGCAUGAGCGUGGGCCUCGUGGGCAUCAAUAUCACAUUAAAAGGGACCCCGGUGCAGCAGCUGAACGAAACCAUUGACUACAACGAGCAGUUCACCUGGCGUCUGGACGAAGACUACCACCGCGAGUACGUGCGCGCGCUGGAGAAGGGGCUGCCGGACCCGGUGCUGUACCUGGCCGAGAAGUUCACGCCCAGCAGCCCGUGCGGUCUGUACCGCAAGUACCAGCUGGCGGGACACUACGCCGCGGCCCUGCUGUGGGUGGCGUUCUGCUUCUGGAUCAUCUCCAACGUGCUGCUCUUCAUGCCCGUCCCUCUCUACGGGGGCCUGGUGCUCCUGGUAACCGGCGGCUUCGCGCUCCUCGCCGUCUUCUCCUUCGCCUCCAUUUCCAGCGUGCCCCUGUGCCGGUUCCGCCUCGGCUCAGCCGCGCUCACGCCUGGCUAUGGAACCGCCUUCUGGCUCACGCUGGCCACGGGCAUCCUGUGCCUGCUGCUCGGAGGGGCCGUGGUGUUUCUCCACUACGCCUGGCCCAGCGCCCUGCGCGCCGCGCUGGAUCAGAGCGCCCCGCCGGACUACCGCAGCCAGGCGAGGUCAGGCUCGGCUCUCGUCCUCAACAACCCGCUGCACCAGCAGUUCACGCCCCCUGACUUCAAGAUCACCACUAAAUUGUGACGGGCGCCACCCCCCCCCCCCCCCGCUCCGGACUUUACCCCUUUGGAACCUCGCGAGCCGGCGGGCAGUGGGCGGGGGACCCCGAGGGACUCGCGCAGGUGGAACUGAGGGACGCGCAGCGGGGACGCUGCGCUGUGCACACAUGAGGGAGCUGUAAAUAAACUUUCUUCUUUUAUUUUUAAAAACUCC